GCAUGGACAGGACAAGCCCUUCUCCAAACAGCUAAGCAGGCAUUAAAGGUGUUGGAGACCUCCACUGUGAAACUCGGGAGAGCCACUGCCAGCCAGUGUAGGCAGUACUGAACUAGAUGGACUGAAGGUCUUACUCAGCACACGGCAGCUUUUCAUGUUCCUAAGACAAGGACACAAAUGGUACCUGUUCUGCGUUGUCCUUGGUGCCUGUGUUGGAUUAACUCUCCGCCCUGCCUUCUCUUCCUCUGCGUGGAUGACUGUGUGGAGCCACUAUCCUGAGCUAAAUAAAAUGGGGAGAAUUAGUUUCACUCUCCUAUCCAGCUCCUGAAAUGUUUUAUGGCUAGCAGCCAGAACAACUUCCAAGAAGUCAGGGUGGUUCCUCUGAUGGUUUUUUUUGGCAUUUCUGUUGGCUAAAGGAGAGGUGCCAAGUAAAACAGAAACUGUCCUGUGGUUGAUAUAUUCAAGAGGAGCUGCAGUUCAUCUUCACAGCACUUGGAGAACCACCCAAGACCUGCAGAAGGAGCCACAUCUGGCAGAUACACUCACAGUUGCAAGGAGUCAAACCGGUACAACCCUCCCCCGACCUGCGGAUUCUGUCAAAAUCUGAAAUCCUGAAUAUUGGCUUGUGGCUUACUCAGCCUCUCUCAGUAUGGCUGAUUGCAGCAGAGAAACUGAACUGAGGAUCGCCCUUGUUGGUAAAACUGGAGCUGGCAAAAGCGCAACAGGAAACACCAUUAUGGGGGACAAAAGGUUUAAGUCUGCCCUGUCACCUUCCUCAGUGACUGCAAAGUGUGAAAAGUGGGACACUGACAUUAAUGGUAGGAGAAUUGUAGUUGUUGAUACUCCUGGUUUUUUCGACACUAAUGUUCCAGAAGACAAAAGUUGCAAAGAAAUUAAAACGUGUGUGAAGUACCUCUACCCGGGGAUACACGCCAUCAUACAAGUCAUGCAACUGGGUCGUUUCAGCCAAGAGGAGAAGGCUGUUUCUCAGUUAAUCGAAAAGAUUUUCAGCUUGAAAGCCAAGGCGUACAUGAUCAUCUUGUUCACCAGGAAAGAUGAUCUGGAAGGCAGACCUCUCAGAGAGUUCCUGCUGAAAGGAGAUGCGGAUCUCCAGAAACAGAUUGCUCAGUGUGGGGGGCGGUGCCUCGCUUUCAACAACAAAGCUGAUGGGCAAGAAAAAGAUGAUCAGGUUGCUGAAUUGCUUGAAAUGAUUGAUCAGAUGGUCCAAAGGAACACAGCAGCCCCGAACUACACUGAAGACAUGCUCAAGAAGGACCAAGAAGCAUAUGAGAAGAUGAGGAGAGAAAUACGUGAGGAGCUGAGAGGUGAAAUUCAUGCGGAGUUGAAAAAAGAAAUGUUGGAGAACCUCAUAUGUAAGAAUAGCUCACCAUGUAACAUACUCUAACAGAUAUAGCAAAGGCCCUCCAAUUAAAUACCGUUUUGGUUUUUUAAAUACAGUAGGAAGUCAACAACAGAGUCCAAUUUGAUUGGAAACCUCCAGUCCAGUGUUUAGCUGGCUUAGGGCCGAAAUAGACAUCCAUGCAUCUCUGAUGUCUUACAUGUUACGGCACAUUUAUAUGUUAUAAAAAUAAAUAAAUAUAAUCCCGCAAAGAAAAUGAACUUACUUGCAGACAUUUUGAAUAAUCUCCACGAAAUAGGCUGGUUUUCAAUUAAGCCCUACUCAGAGUAGACCCAUUGAAGUUAAUGGACAUGAGUUAGCUAGGUUCAUUAAUUUUAAUGGGACUACUCUGAGUAGGACUUAAAUGAAUUCAACCCAUUAUCAUUAAAUGACAUGAAUUUAUUCUGUAAUAAAAAGGCCAUCUUGGGACAGGAGAUGAUUGGACAGGAUACUCACUUGUGGUUGAAUCUCAGUAAGUAUCCUCACAGAGUCCACAGGAAGAGGUGGAGCUUUCCCUGUCCUGCUUCCUAUAUAGUAUUCAACACCGUUGUGUGAGUCAGAGAAUUGUGACUCAACUCUUGUGGAAACACACAUUCUAUUGGGUUUCUGCUGCAAUGUGAUCUCCUCCAUGCGGUGUCCACCAUAUUUAUUCCAUCUUGGGUUUGCUUCAUUCUCCCAGCCCUCAAGUUUCAAAACUAGCCUGCCAGGUUGCAGAGCCCACACCCAGCUUUUUGUGAAAACUGCAAAUUUAAUCAUUCGCUUCUCAAUCUGGAGAAACUUACAGUGCCGUUUGGAACAUGGUGUAAAAUGAAAAAGCAACACCACCAGAUUUCAAAUGAGGCAUUUUCCUCCACAGUUUUCAUUGAAAGAGGUAAAAAAAGAAGAUUGUAUAGCUGCCCUUUUUAAUAACACUUAUAAUAUAGGGUUGUAUCUAGGGUUUGGGAGAAUAUUUGUAAUUUUCAGAUUUGUUACCGAAAAUCCACACAUUCUGCAUGUUUUUUUUUCUCAUACCCCUUUGACUCCUUGAAAUCAUUACUAAGUGGCACACUUUUUAAAAAAAAUUAGCAGUGACUUUUACGUUAUUGUCUUUGUAAUCAGUUUUGCUCUAAACUGCUUCUAUGUCAAUGAGGCAUUAAGAGCAACCAUGAAGAUUCCUUGUAUCUGCUUCCUCCCCUUUUUUUGGUUACGUUGACUCACUGUUAGGCUAAAGGGAGAGUGAUUGUGUAUACACACACCCCAGAUUGCCUUUCCUCCAGGGUUGUCUGUCUGUCUGUCUCUCUAAGUCCCCAACCACAUUUUGUCAUACCUCCCAAAACAAAAGAGACUUUAAUCCUACUGAAAACCACCAGCACUUACUUGGGAGUGAGCCCCAUUACAUUUAAUUGGACUUACUUCAGAGUAGACAAGGCUUUGUUGCAGACUAUUGCUGCUGUGAAGAUAGAUCUGAAGCCUCUUUUUUAAAAAUGAGGAUAUGAUCACUUCUUUAAAAAAAUUGUUAGCCACUCUGCCUGCUGUCAUUCUGGGCAGGCACAUAUUUACUGGCUCAAUGUCUCCCUUCCAUUUUGAUCGCUCACUAGGGAUGGAAUUCUCUCUUUAUUUAAGUUUCAUUUUUAAGUGUGGCCCCCUAGUGGUCGUUAACUAUCCAAUUCCUUUUUCCUCCAAUAUCUUUUCAUUUUUCCGAUCACCUCCAAUUUUUUUUGCUUUGCAGAGAAUUAUCAAUAUUAUAAUCACUAUUCACGAGUCUCCACUGGUAUCGAUCUUUAUUCUGAUUUCUGUAAUUCUUGCCUGUUUACAUUCCUUUUCAAGUGGACUACAGAGCAGAUUAAGGCAGAUAAUAAAAUCAGUGUCUUCCCCCCCCGCUGCUUACAAUCAAUGCCUCAUUCCCCCUGCUGCUUUCUGUCUGUCAGUUACAAUCAACAUCUCAUUGACAUCAGUUAAACGAAAUACACGUUUGAAGAGCUCACAAAGAACGUAAAAGUAUUGUUCACACUAUCAAUGAUUUCAAAGUAAUUUUUUUUAAAAAAAUAAACAAAUUGGGAAAGAAGAAUGAAUCAGAAACCAAGCGCAGAGAGUUGCUAUUUCAAAACUUCUCUCUGCAAAGACAGAGAAUAUCAGAAAUAAUAAUUAAUCCGAUGGCAAAUCCGAUUAUUGCAGAAAUGGAGCCCAAUGCCACUGUUCACUACAUGUGGGUGAGUGGAUUAGGCUAAAUGGAGAGUGAUUGUCUAUCCCCCCCCCGUUGCCCCCACACCCAGUUUGUUAAUUUUUGUUAAAGGCCAAUUGUGUUUUUCUGUUGAUUGUCUGCUUCAGCUUAUUCAAAAGCAGACUGCCUGAACCUCGAGAAGGAAAGGUCUCUGUUACUUUAUUGCUAUAUGGAGCGACAGAGGCAGCUGGAGUUUGGGAAAUGAACAAAAAGGGUGUUUUUUCCUGCGACAAAACCUGCUUUAUCUAAGCACAUUUUAAAGGUGCCUACUUUAGUGCCUAAUAGUUUAUAAUUAUAAUUAUAAAGAAAUAAAUAUUUAUAUAAAUAUCUAUAUCCCACUUUUCAUAAAACAAAAUUUCAAAAAGCUUUACAACCAUUACAAACACCUAAACACAGAUUUUAUGACCCAUAUGAACCACAGUGAUGGCAAGUGGUGAUGGCAAGAGCGGUCCAACAAAAACACCUAAUUACUGUAUUAUGUGUGCUAUUUGUCCAAUAGCUGAAUAAGGUAAGGAGUUAUAAGCACAGCACACACCGCAACACAGAAGAUGCUUAAGAAGCUGCCAAAAACACAGGAAGAAUUAGGGGCAAUCUUGAUUCUUAAACCCAUUUUAUAUCAUCUACACAUGUGAGUGGGUGGGUGUAAGAAGUGACUGGAGUGGUCACUGGGCAGCGCAGGAGUCGGGGGAGUUCACAAUAAACACUGCGGUUUGAACCAGGCAAGCCCACGCUCUGAGAUUCCUUUCUUCCACCCAGAGUGCACUGUGUGGUCAGCACAGGUGCCAAUAAUGCCAGUUCAGAAGAUUGGAUGAAACCACCACAUCCCCCUUGACUGCUCUGUCUCUAAGUCCUCCCCGAGACUCAAGUGGGAGUGACUUAGUCCUUCAGGAAGGGCAAGUGGGCAGAUGUCCACACAGCACAAUAGGGAAGUGGGGUGGGGAGUAAUUGGGCGUUAGAACAAAUUAAACCAGAACUGUCACUAGAAGCUAAAAUGAUGAUGAAACUGAGGUUAUCAUACUUUGGACACAGAAUGAGAAGACAUGAUUCACUAGAAAAGGCAAUAAUUAUGCUGGGGAAAACAGCAGGGAAUAGAAAAAGAGGAAGGCCAAACAAGAGAUGGAUUGAUUCCAUCAAGGAAGCCACAGACCUGAACUUACAAGAUCUGAACAGGGCGGUUCAUGACAGAUGCUCUUGGAGCUCACUGAUUCAUAGGGUCACCAUAAGUCAAAAGCGACUUGAAGGCAUUUAACAACAACAAUAUGCUCAUGGAGUCUGAACUGGUAGUGACUGACUAGGAACAAGACCUUGGGGUCAUAGUGGAUAGUUUGAUGAAGACGUUGACUCACUGUGCAGCAGCUGUGAAAAAGGCACAUAACAACAAGCAAUCUGGAGUCAGGGGUGAACAGUGAGGUGGCCAAGUUUGCUGACGAUACUAAAUUGUUUAGGGUUGUUAAAACAAAGGGAUUGUGAAGAGCUCCAAAAGGACCUCUCCAAACUGAGUGAAAGGGUGGUAAAAUGGCAAAUGCAGUUCAGUGUAAACAAGUGUAGGGUUAUUGGAGCAAAACAAAUUUAAUUUCACAUGUACACUCAUGGGGUCUGACUGGCAGCAGCUGAGCAGGACUGAGACCUUGGAGUCAUAGUGGCUAGCUCAAUGAAGAUGUCAACCCAGUGUGCAGCGGCUGCAAAAAAGGCAAAUUCCAUGCUAGUGAUCAUUAGGAAAGGUAUUUAUUGAAAAUAAAACUGCCAAUAGGCUGCUCUGUUUAUACUGUGAUGUCAUCAAGCCUGGAAUAUUAACCCAAUUGUUGCUGAAAUAAGAAGUGGUUCUUCUUUAUUUUUGUUUUGUUUUCGUGGUUUUAAAAAUGGCAAUCAAGAAAGUGGCUGAGAAUCUGGAAGUAAUUAUGUUUCAGAAAAUAAUGGAUGAGAUUGAGAUAACGAAACAAACCCUGCGACAGGGCAGUAAGGAGCUGAAAAUUGAACUGAGCAAAAUGACGCAGGCGCUUAAAGAAAUAGGGGAUCCUGUGAGAGAGGAGAAUGAGAUCAGAGAUGAGAAAAGAAAAAAUAAAGGGAAGAUACAAGCCCUGGAGAUUGGAACAAAUGUGGAAUUGGAAAAAGAUCUGGAGUUUAUGGAUAUUAGAAAUAAAAUCUACUGUUUGGAAUUUAACGUUAUCUCUGAAGAAAUUAAUGAAGAUAUUAGAGAUAAAGUUAUCAAUGGCUUGGAUAAUCUUCUGGACUGGAAUGACGUGAUGGAGCUUGAUAUAGAGAAAAUCUAUGGAAUUAACUGCAGCCAUGUGACAAUGGAAAAACUCUCAAGAGAUGAGCCAGUGCAUUUUGUAAAAAAGAAGAACACAGAUAUGACUUUACAACAAUAUUUCAGCAACUUAUUCAGAAUUGAUGGCAAGAAAAUAUUUGGGAUAGAGGAAAUUCCCAUCAGACUCUUAUUAUAUGACUAUGGCUAUGACAGCAAGAUUAUUAUGGAAUACUGAUAAUGGAAGAUUGGACACUGAAAUUACUGGACUUAACAGGACUAUUGAAGAUGGAAGAUGGAAUUAAUAGGGAUAAUGGAAUAAUGGCUAUUGAAAUUAUUGGACCUAACAGAUUUUGAUGAGAUGGAUUAAUCGAUAUGUUUAUUUGGACUAUGGUUAUGACAAUAAGAUUAU